AUGCCUAUUGAAGACGAUGCAGCUCAGAAACUUUACAGAGUCCCACCUGGCUAUAACUUACACAAAGCUAAGCAGAAACCACCCCAGCGGAAGCCUAAAAAAGAAAAGAAUGUGAAGGUCCCAGAAGUCCUUGUCGACCCACCAGCCCCAGUGCUUGUGGCAAACAUGGGGGCUCCGAUUUCAUCGUUUGAAUCAACCGUGGGAACGGAUACCCUAAUGAAUGAAAUCAAGCAAUUAAACCAACCAAUAAACCGUCCAUCACUGGUAGAACAAAGCACUGUGUCUGAUUCAGUAGAUGGAGCGAAAACAACAGAGACGAAAAUCCUGCUGCCACCGGACUUGAUGCCCCAAUCACAACCAACGUCAGGGGAAGUGGUAGCGCCUGAACCCACAAACGCAGCGCCUGCAGCGACGAGCGAAGCAGCACCUCAACUUGCAACGGAGAGUCAGAAGAACUCACAAGCAUCUGAACAAAUUCUGCCGGUUGGACAACUCCAGAUAUUGACACCAAAACCCUCAAAUCCACAGUCAGUAUCCGCGGUUCCGACUUCGACCCCAACAAUUAGUGGGACACCAGUGCAACCAAAGCUUACGUCAAACCAUUCAAGCCAAAGUUUGCCAAACUCCACCCCCACUUCUUCCAUAUCCGUCCACUCGAACACAGGCAGUAUGAAGACAGUAACAGCUACUCGGACUUCUAAAUGGACUCCUAAAUGGACUCCUAGGGGGCCUCCUAAGGGGCCUCCUAAGGUGACUCCUCCACCAAAAGACAGCAGGAGGGUCAGGUUUUCAAGUCGGUUGUCCUCCAUAUUUUCUCGAAUGACCGGUUCGAGUAAACUACCAGAUAAAAAAGACCUUAUAGACGCCAAAGCAGCUGCUGAGAUCGAACGUGCUCAAGCGGAAUACGAGGAAGAGUUGUUACGGAGAACACUGGAAGAGCUGGAAAGAGCCCGAGAAGCGGCUCUUCAGGCCAAAAUUGAACGGUUUCUGGCUUCGCGAAGGGGUAAAAAGAUGAUUGCACGAAAGCAGGCAGAGAUGCAAACUGUUAUGCACUGGAUGAUACAGACCAUGCGUGAGUUUCAUCGCACGCAUGCGGCCUUUGAUGAUUCGGAAGAGGAACCUAACCCGGAACUUAUGCGUAAGCUGAGAGCACUGCAUAUGCUGGAGACUCUAUUCAUGCCAGGCCAGAGAAGUAUAUGUCGGAGUAGGUCUGGUAGCCGGUGCAGUCGUGCCAGUGGAUACUCGCCUUCCUGUCACUCCAGCAACUAUCAAUCCCCUAACACUGGCGCGGAUCCUAGGCGCUGCUGCAUCAUGCCGAAACCCUGUCAGUUUGAAGGCCGAAGAAAACGCAGAAAAAAACUCUGCUGGACGCUUAUCUCGAUGCUUGAAAGUCGUGGCAUAGAUGUGCAGGGCGAGAUCGCCCGAGAUAUGCAAGCGAUGGAGGAAGAAGAAAAUGAAGAACAGGAAGUAGAAGAAGAAGAAGAAGCACCCAGGUCGUCUUCCACUGCCCAUGCUUCGCGGCCAGGAUAG